ACCAUUACACCGAUCGGCCACGUUUUUUCCCUUCGUGCCACUAGCUAGAGGAGCCUCGCGUGGUCCAUUCUUCUGCAAAAACCCUGGCCAUCAAUUCAGCAAAAUAUUUUAGCUGAGUAAAUUUGUUUUUCUUUUAAAUUGGAUUUUUUUUCUUAGAUAGCCCAAGGUCUCUCUCUCUCUCACACACACACACCAGAGAUAUGUACCAAUAAACGACAAGUUUGCAUGCUACACCCAUGCAUGCAUGCACGCCACUUGAUCUCCGAACCGUCGUACAUCUACACAUGCGAUCGGCCCAAGUGGGCGAGAGACACGCUAUGACAUAUUCCUCUUCACAUAAUAGAGGCAUCAGGCAAUGCUCUACCAGCCCCUAACAUCGGUUUCAACUUAAAGAUCGCCGAGAACAGAUGCUAAAUACCCUUGGUGUACGCUACAAAAUUCCCUAGCUCAGCGUCCCCACCUCCUCGAGCCCAGACCCGGAUGAACGAACACCCACCAACCUUCCAGGCAGGCGCCUAUAAAUCGCCGCCCCCGCUCUUAUCUCUUCCUCACACUGCACUCGCUCACCCCCGCCCACUAUACGACCUCGGUCGGUCUAGUGGAGCGGUAAACCGGCCGCCUUUGAAUUCCACCCCGCGAGCAGUCUUGGCGCUCUCCGCGUCCCGCUCACUAGCCGGCAGCCACCCUCCACACCUUGGUUGACGCUAUAUAUUGUAGUCGCGGUGCUACUUACCUGAGAGAUGGGGGAGAACGGCGUGGGCAAGAACUACUACCCGCAGGGGGGCGCGGCGGCGGCGGCCAUGGAGGUGUCCUCCGUGGAGCACGGCCAGGCUGGCGGCUCCAAGUGCUACGACGACGACGGCCGCCUCAAGCGCACCGGGACGAUGUGGACGGCGAGCGCACACAUCAUCACGGCGGUGAUCGGGUCCGGGGUGCUGUCGCUGGCCUGGGCCAUCGGGCAGCUCGGCUGGGUGGCCGGCCCCGCCGUCAUGCUGCUCUUCUCCCUCGUCACCUACUACACCUCCUCGCUGCUCUCCGACUGCUACCGCUACGGCGACGAGACCACCGGCAAGCGCAACUACACCUACAUGGACGCCGUCAACGCCAACCUCAGUGGCAUCAAGGUCCAGCUCUGCGGAUUCCUGCAGUACGCCAACAUCGUCGGCGUCGCCAUCGGAUACACCAUCGCCGCCUCCAUUAGCAUGCUUGCGAUCAAGAGGGCCAACUGCUUCCACGUCAAGGGGCACGUGAACCCGUGCCACAUCUCGAGCACGCCCUACAUGGUCAUCUUCGGCGUGGCGCAGAUCUUCUUCUCGCAGAUCCCGGACUUCGACCAGAUCUCCUGGCUCUCCAUCCUGGCCGCCAUCAUGUCCUUCACCUACUCCACCAUCGGCCUCGGCCUCGGCAUCGUCCAGGUGGUCGCCAACAAGGGCGUCAAGGGCAGCCUCACCGGCAUCAGCAUCGGCGCCGUCACGCCCAUCGACAAGGUCUGGCGGAGCCUCCAGGCGUUCGGCGACAUCGCCUUCGCCUACUCCUAUUCGCUCAUCCUCAUCGAGAUCCAGGACACCAUCAGGGCGCCGCCGCCGUCCGAGGCCAAGGUCAUGCGCCGCGCCACCCUCGUCAGCGUCGCCACCACCACGCUCUUCUACAUGCUCUGCGGCUGCAUGGGCUACGCCGCCUUCGGCGACGACGCACCCGGGAACCUCCUCACCGGCUUCGGCUUCUACGAGCCCUUCUGGCUCCUCGACAUCGCCAACGCCGCCAUCGUCGUCCACCUCGUCGGCGCCUACCAGGUCUACUGCCAGCCCCUGUUCGCCUUCGUCGAGAAGUGGGCGCAGCAGAGGUGGCCCAAGUCAGGGUUCAUCACCGGAGAGAUCCAGGUCCCGCUCGUCUCCUCCGGCUUCAAGCUCAACCUCUUCCGCCUGACGUGGCGGUCGGCGUUCGUGGUGGCGACGACGGUGGUGUCGAUGCUGCUGCCCUUCUUCAACGACGUCGUCGGCUUCCUCGGCGCCAUCGGGUUCUGGCCGCUCACCGUCUACUUCCCCGUGGAGAUGUACAUCGUGCAGAAGAAGAUACCCAGGUGGAGCUCGCAGUGGGUGUGCCUACAGCUGCUCAGCCUCGCCUGCCUCAUCAUCACCAUUGCCGCCGCCGCCGGCUCCAUCGCCGGGAUAAUGUCCGAUCUAAAGGUCUACAAGCCGUUCUUCACAACUGACUGAUCUAUGCUUGGCCGUCGCAUGAAUGCACAGAUCCUCAUGGACAGAAUAUGCCUAAAAGCUCUAAUUAAUUAAUCAACCAAUUAUCACGUGUUCACUAAAAAUUACAUGUUCAAGUAAUUGUUGCUCUAAACGGCCGGUGUACCAGUACCACCGGUGCUGCUGAUUUCAUUUUCCUUUGUUUGCCAUCCGUCGUGUUAACUGAAAACGGUAGAGGGAACCAAAAUAGUGUACUUCCAAAGUGGUGUGAUUGUAAGUACGUUAAUGAGAAACGAAUGUUCUCAUGAUAACUACUUGAGUGGUAUUAAGAUCAUUAUCCAGAUGAGCCUGAAUUUCUUCUU